AUGACUGAAAUGGGGCGUUCGUUGUUGAUGCGAAAUAACUUCAUCGAAGCUUUCGUAAGGAAGAUGAUUCCUACAAAACGCAUCUCUUAUUCCAAUGAGAAGGAACCCCGAGCGUCACCACCAAGUGGUUUGGUUAUGGACCUUCAAUUCCAUGACUGCCACCCAACAAAGUGGAAGACAGAACUGCCAUAUGACCAUUCGCCGCUUACAUAUGUGAGGCGUACUGCACUCCCCAUGAUGUCCGCAAGACAUCUGCCUCUGUUGGUCAAAUUGAUCAACAGUACAUUUUCAUCUGCUCUGUCGCAUAACCUUUAUACAGCCAAAGGCAGCAACACAUCACCCAAAGAUCCACUUUACAAGAUCUCUCUGGAUUUCAACGACACGAUCAGCCGGGAAAAAGCACAGCAGAUAGCAGAGAGCCUGAGGGGAUUACGUGAGUUUCGAUUCCAAUGGAAGCCCUUUUUCGAACGAGCCCCAGACCCUAUUGAGCUCUGGCGAAACCGAGUUAACUUGUACGAUAGAGAAAUAGUCAUCACGGGACUGGACCUGGAAAGCGCUGAUAAGUUAAAGGCAUCAUCGAACCUUCCCGUUCUCAAAUCGGAAGAAACCUUGGAAGAGAUCUACCAGUUCAUUGAAACGGGAGAUCGCCUUGCGGAGGCAGGAGCUUACCUGCAAGCUCACGCUUACUAUCUGCUUGCCGUCAACACCCUGCGAUAUGACAUGAUUCCGCAUGGAAAUAUCCCCCAAUGGACUUUGCAGCGCCGGACACGGUAUACGGUACGUGAACUCACCCAACCUUUUCCGCACAUCCACUUCAGGCUUCCUCAACACAUCGGCCUCACCCUCGGUGUUUGGAGGAAGCUCGCAAGAGUAGCUUUGCAGUGUGGGUUAAUGGACAAGCACAGGCGUUGGUGGGAUGCGAUCGGUGGGGCUUUGGCCAGUACCGAUCGUGGAAGUCCCGAGCAGCAGGUGAGUAUUCUUCGCGAACAUCUUCGUGAUGUUGUGGAGCAUGGGGAGGUUGAGAUGGUCAUGGAGGCUUUUGUUGGUAGUGAGGAGCAUCCUUUCCAAGGUCUUGAGGAGGUUCAGAGGGAGUUUCGCCAUUUGGUGGGGAACUCGGAGUUUGGGGAUUAUGAGGAUUACUUUGUGCCUGAGAUGUUUGAUGAGGAUGAAGUGGAAGAAGACAUUUACAUUUCUUGCUUGGAUUUCUUGCUUCUUAACUGA